CUCGGAGCAGCAGCGCGCAUCUCUCACUACUGUGUGUUCCUGCAUCCCUUCUCCUUUCUUUUCCUCUGUUCUCAUAUCAUUAUAUUCUUAUAAACCCGUGUUCCCGUGUCUCUAAGAGGAACUGAAUUAUGGGGAAACAUGGACCAGCGCAGUGCUGCUCAUCCUAAACCCGACAUACCUCCUGCUCUGGUUUCAUCCUGCGGAGCUGAGAUAUCAGAAGGUCCGCCUGUUUGACUGAGAGUUCCCUAACUGAAGCAAGAAACAUGGAUCCAUCAACAACCGGUCAGCAGUAUGGCUCCAAGAAACGAGUCAAAAUCCAUCCCAGUACAGUGACUGUGAAAUAUGCCACACACUUUCCUCAGCCGGGGGACGAGGGUUACGAUGAUGCACCUUCCUUUGAGGACUUUGGCUCCUUUAUGGAAAACACCCCCAGCAAAAGGCUGGUGUCAGACUCUGUGCGUGGCAGGACUUUCUUUGGAACAAUGGAUGUGCAUUCUAAAUCAGAAGAGCAAACCAAAGGUGUAGGUGGUCAGCUGGCUAGUUUUGGUGAGGCCUCGGUUUUAGCAUCGAGAGUCACAUGGGGGGUGCUGUUCGGUGCUGCUGUCGCUCACGGCUGUGUCGCCCUGAUAACGCGGCUCGCGGCAGAUCGCUCCAAAGUGCCCUCGUUAGAGCUCAUUUUCAUUCGCUCAGUCAUUCAAGUGUUGUCCAUAUUGGUGGUGCUGUACUACAAGGAAGCCCCGUUCGGUCCGAAGGGGUAUCGUUUGCGCCUCUUCUUCUACGGAGUUUGCAAUGUCAUUUCAAUCACGUGUGCCUACACGUCAUUUGCAAUAGUCCCUCCAAGCAACGGUACCAUCAUGUGGAGAGCCACGACGACAGUCUUCAGUGCCAUCCUUGCCUUCCUGCUUGUAGACGAGAGGCUGGGAUACACGGAUAUCGUUACAGUAGUGGGCAGCCUCUUCGGCUUGUGUCUGGUCAUGAUCCCAAACAUCGCAGAUGAAGAAACGUCACCUGUAGGCUUCUGGAAAGAGGCGUUCGGAUAUACCAUGACAGUUAUGGCAGGUCUGACUGCCGCCCUGUCCAUGAUCGUGUACCGCGCCAUUAAGGAGCGUGUGAGCAUGUGGACGGCACUUUUCACCUUUGGCUGGACGGGAACGGUUUGGGGAGCAUCCACCAUGUUUGCCAUGCAGGAACCAAUCAUCCCUUUGGAUGGCGAGACCUGGGGCUACUUGAUUGGCAUCUGCAUCUGUUCCACCGUUGCAUUUCUUGGGGUCUACUAUGCACUGAACAAGUUCCACCCUGCUUUAGUGAGCACCGUGCAGCACCUGGAGAUCGUUGUGGCUAUGUUUCUGCAGUUGGUCGUGCUGCACAUGGUGCCAUCUGCUUAUGACAUCAUUGGUGCGUUAGUCAUCAUGAUUAGUGUCUUUGUACUCACAGGCCUCAAACUUUACUGGGUGGGGAGGGCAAUUCGGCAGGAUUACCAAGAGAUUCUUGACUCACCAAUUAAAUGAGAAUGCCAUUACAGUGUUGUGUGUAUGUGAGUGUGUAAGGCUAAGUGUGUCUGUUUGUGUAGUGUUCUACCCCCCUCCCCAAUCCCACUGCCCUCUGGCACGCCAUGACAUCAAUGAAUGUCUUGUAUUCUAGUUAUUUUGUAUAGUGCUGUUGAAAUAUUGUCAGUGGUAUAAUGUCUUUGCCAAGUGUUAAUGUGUAAAAUAAAAAAGACCCAUGGUGUCUCCCUCUA